AUCAAAAUUUGCGGCUGUUGGGGCUAUGCUGCGCGCGGCGCGAUCUCAAGACGUUUUAAACGGCUAAAUUAGUGUAAGAAUUGUGUUGUGUGGCCGAGAGAGUGGAUUUUUUUUUUGUUUCUAAGUUUCUUGGGAGUCGCAUAAACGGCAGGUGGGCGCGUCAACGCCAAAACGCUAUAGCCAAUUUGUAAUCACACACAGCAUCUAUCUAUUUGAGCGCCUAAGUAAAUCAUAACGAAAUGACAGUGCUGCCUUGUUGCAAUGCCAGCCUAGAGCCUGUGCUGCGGCCUGAAGCGCGCGUCUCUGGCGAACUACAGUUUCUGGGCUGGAAUGUGCCGCCCGAUCAGAUACAGUACAUUCCCGAGCAUUGGCUGACGCAGUUGGAGCCACCAGCGUCCUUGCACUACAUGUUGGGCAUCCUCUACACAUUCCUCUUCUUCGCAUCGACCAUUGGCAAUGGACUUGUGCUGUGGGUUUUCAUGAGCGCCAAAUCCCUGCGCACACCAUCGAAUAUUUUCGUACUGAAUUUGGCCUUUCUCGAUUUUGUUAUGUGUGCAAAAGCGCCGAUUUUCAUCUACAACAGCUUCCAUCGUGGCUUCGCGCUCGGCAAUACCUGGUGUCAAAUUUUUGCCGCUAUCGGCUCAUAUUCGGGCAUUGGUGCGGGCAUGUUGAAUGCCGCCAUCGGCUAUGACCGCUACAACGUCAUUACAAAGCCAAUGAACCGCUCAAUGACCAUGACCAAGUCCAUUAUAAUGAAUUUGCUGAUAUGGUUGUACUGUACGCCGUGGGUCAUAAUGCCAUUGACAGGAUUUUGGGAUCGAUUCGUACCAGAGGGCUACUUAACAUCCUGCACUUUCGACUACCUAACCGAUAGCUUCGAUACACGCCUCUUCGUUGGCACCAUAUUCUUCUGCAGCUUUGUGUGUCCGACCUCUAUGAUCAUCUAUUAUUACAGCCAAAUAGUCGGGCAUGUGUUUAGUCACGAGAAGGCGCUACGGGAACAAGCUAAGAAAAUGAAUGUGGAGUCUUUACGUUCGAAUGUGGACAAGAAUAAGGAAACAGCUGAAAUUCGUAUCGCUAAGGCCGCAAUCACUAUUUGCUUCCUGUUCUUUGUAUCGUGGACGCCAUACGGCGUAAUGUCACUGAUUGGUGCAUUUGGCGAUAAGAGUUUACUGACGCCGGGUGUUACUAUGAUACCAGCUUGUACAUGCAAAAUGGUCGCCUGUGUUGAUCCGUUCGUGUAUGCCAUCAGUCAUCCCAGAUACAGGGCAGAAUUGCAGAAACGUUGCCCAUGGUUGGCCAUCAAUGAAAAAUCAACAGAAGCGUCGGCAGCAGGUUCGACAACCACCGAACAACAGCAAACGUCAGCAGCGUAAAGUCUCGCUUUGUUAUCUGGAUGUUUGUAAUAGUGUUGUUGCUGUUGUUAAUUGUUAAGAUUUUAGACUAGCAUUUUUAGUUGCAUUAGUAUUUAAAAUUUAAAUUUCACGUAGGUUUACCUAAUUAAAUCAGAUUAGUUUUAAUUGCGAUUUAUUUCGGCACACAAAAGUUGACUACUUGGCUAUGGACAUGGACUAAAAUUCUGGGAAAAUGUAAACCGAAGGCAAAGGAACCACAUAACUAUGCAACAAGGUGACACGACUUAAUCAACCGUUACACUCAACAAUGUAACAAUGCGUGGGUGCUUAAGAAGCUGCAUUGUUCACGUGAAAAAUCAAAUAAAAAAGGCAUAUCUUCAAAUUCACCACAGCCAAUUGAGAAAUUUAAAAGAAAUGGAAAUCGAAUAACUAAGUCUAAUAAUACUUGCAAAGUGGAAUCGACUGUGGGAACUCUUAAGAAAAGUAUUUAUUCAGUUGUAGCUAAAGUUUGUUUUGCCGAUAUUUCUGAAAUGAAAAAAAUGAAAUAAAUAGAUUUUUAUUGCAAUCAUAUAUAA